AUGUCCGCCAACCCGAACCCCGUCGGAAACCAGGACCAGUUCCAUUCCAGUGUCCCGCCGGCAAAGCCAAUGACGACCUCAGGGCACCAAUUGGGACAGCAGGUCGGUAAUGAGGCGGUGCCCGAGUUCCGAGCCGAGACACACGCGCCGGGCACGGCGCCCAAGCAGCACAGCUACCAGCCGAACCCUGUCCACGAGACGCCCGGGCAGGCGCUCAACCCGAACGCGUCGGCGGAGACGGGCGGGCGCACGGGGCCGCUCGACAUGCCGGGCGCGACGAGCGGCGAGGUGCACAGCGCGUCGACGUUCGCGCGGCCGAUGGAGGGCGAGAACUCGCGCGAGGCGCACGGGGCCCACGGCGUCGGCAAGCGCAAGGGCGAGCGCAGCGGGCUCGAGGGCGUCGGCGCCACGGCGUCCACCUCGGACGAGACGGUCGAGGGCCGCGUCCGCGCCCUCGGCGCCGACUUGCCCGAGGGCGUCGAGCGCGGCAUCCGCGGCAAGGGCCCCGGCGCCGAGGAGUCCAUUCCUGCCUCGGCCGCCGAGGUGGCCUCCGAGAAGAGGAGGCCGUGA